UAUAACGCUAGUUAACUUGCUCAAGGCCAGGGCAGAUAUCUUUUUCUUCGUCAUUUUUUUUUAAAGCUAAAGCAACUUUGUUUUCACAGCAAAACCCUCCCACUAAUUUUCAAGUCUGGCUUUCUCUCAUCACCAGCUAGUGAAGACAGAGCACGUGCCCAGGAGAAAAUCACCCUGGGUGUUGAGGACCAUCCUCUUUGGAACUGUGAUUGUAGCUGCCAAGGAGUAGCCAACAAGCACUAGAUUUAUGUGCACUUUGAAAGAAGCACCUUUACUAUUGGCUUUUUGAGCGGCCCUGUCGCUAGGGAGCUAGCACCGCCUCGGGGAGCAGCCUGGGUACACACCGUGGCGCGCUUUGGGCGGCUCCGCGUGUUGUUGCCCCUGCGGCCCCACGCUCUCCCCAAGCUGGGCUCCCAGAGACGCUGUACAGACACUCGCCUCUGGCCACCGGCUCCAGCUGCUGCCGCCCAGAGGACAGAAGAGCCUCUGCCCGCGAUUUCCCCGCGGCGGCAGCGCUGCGGAAAGCGGAGCCCCUGGGUGCGAGCUGCAGGAUCCGAUGGAGUUCUCCCGUCGCCUCGGAGUUGCCUGAGUUGGCAGAGCCUCGCUAGGGUUCCCGGCUUUCCGCUCCCUGCUCUCUUCGGGCUUGCCGCUUACCGCUCACCCGGUGGCUGCCCACGGCUGUGCCAGGGAAGCCAGGCUCCAGAGCUCCUAUCCCGGGUCCAUUUGGGGGCAAAGGAGGGCUGUCCCCAGCCAAGGCGUACUGUCUUCUCUCAGCCAACCCAUCCUUUUUCUCCAUGGCGUCUCGUCAACAAACCCGAAUCCAGGCUUACCUGGAGAAAAACAAGAUCGGACCUCUGUUUGAGGAAUUAAUGACCAAGCUAAUAACUGAGACACCUGACCAGCCAAUCCCAUUUCUCAUUGACCAUCUUCAGUCUAAACAAGGAAACCGAGGACAACUGCAAAGAACCCUCUCUGGGUCAGCUGCUCUCUGGGCAGAAAGUGAAACAUCAGAACCCAAAGGAACAAGAAGAGAUUUUAGAAGCUAUGAUAAACCUUGGCAGUUGAAUGCAAAGAAGCCUAAAAAAUCAAAAAGCGACCUUGCUGUGUCUAAUAUUUCUCCUCCAUCACCAGAUUCUAAAUCAUUGCCAAGGUCAGUAGACCAUCCUAAGUGGAGCUGGCGGACUAAACCACAAAGCCGUGAUUUUGAUGAAUUGAACCACAUCCUUCAGGAGAGCAAGAAGCUGGGGAAAGCCCUUGAGAAUCUCUCCAGAAGUAUUGCGAUUUCAGAUGAACUUGAUAAGGAAACAGUGGCUUUCAACUCUUCUCUUCUGAGACCCCGCGUGAUUGGGGAGUGGAUUGGCAGAGCAGAAAACGAUGCUGAUCCCCUUGCAGCUGAGAUGCUGCAGCCCCCGAUUCCAAGGAGUAAGAAUGACCCAUGGGACAGUGAAGAGAGCUCCUCUAGCCCGGCAGGAAGCUUAAAGAUGGAGCCCAAGACUAAAGGAUUAAAACAGCAGCAGCAGCAGCACAAGAAACUUCUGGCUGCCAUGCUUUCCCAGGACUCCUUCGAGUCCAUUCACAGCCCCACACCAUCUGCAAUAGAAGAAGACAUUGACAAUGAAGACGAUGCAAUGGAGUUGCUGGAAGAUCUGGAUGACUUAAGAAUGGAGGGCGUAACCACCCUGGUACUUUCGGGGAGCAAAUUUAACCAAGGUCGCCCUACUCACACUGUGGAGCCACAGGCCAAAGUCACAUUGAACAUCUGCUCAAGGUGUGCCAGGCUUCAAGGAGACAAUCUGAUGGAAAGGACAGAAGACACAAUGCAAAUCUUUCAUUCUCCAGAGGAGCGAAUCCCAGAUUCACUGGAUUCUUUACCUGGAACUGAAGAAACUCUCAUGGAGGAAGGUGAAGAUUUUGAGAAACCAUCUAAAUUAACAGAACCUGGAGAAGACUCCAGUGGAGGUCACUGUUUGAAAUCCUACAUGGAAGAAGAUGAGUCUUUAAAGCAAUUGCAGGUUGUGCAUCAACCAUGGCUCUUGCCAAGCGACACAGAAAGUGAAGGAUUUGAAGCAGAGCAGGACAAACGUUCUGCUGAUCUUCUUUGUGUCCCGUGCACUUCUUGUCCUACCCUGAUCUACUCCGGUAUGUUUGCUCAGGGCACUUAAUACCAACAGCAGGUCUGUCUGUGAAACAGGCAAAGGAUGUUUCAAGUGGUCCUUAAGGAGACUGUAGCUGACUUACUCCUUACAUAUGGUCUCAAUUUGAUGUACUGUAUGUAAUCUCUAAAGAAAUGUUAUUUUUCUAAUAUAAAAAAUAAACAAGCACUCAUGUAAUGAGGGUAUGUAUCUGUCUAUAGUCAGAGAACAGAAAUUCAGGCAAAGUUGUCUUGUGGUCAUGGACUCUGAUACAUUUUGAUCAGGUCAGUAUCUUGGGUUUAUGUUACCUUAUAUGUACUUAUUAAAAUUAUUGUUUUAUAUAUUAAAUAUU